UAAUUCAAUCACUGCACAAAAAUAUAAAUAAAAUUAAUUUCAAAUAAAAUGUUGAGAGCCACUGGUUGUCGGAAAACAACAAAACCUCCAACCUUGAGAAACGAAAGGAACUCAACAUUGAAUUUAGAUCAAUCUUUGUAACUUGCGUAAAACUACCUCGAGACAAUCAAUAGUACCCCUAAAAAUGUCACAAGCCGGUCGUGUUAUUGUAUACGGUGGUCGUGGAGCCCUUGGUUCAAAAUGUAUUUCAGCCUUAAAAGCCAAGAACUUUUGGGUCGGCUCGAUUGACCUCAACGAGAACUCCGAAGCUGAUUUAAACAUUGUUUUGGAAAAGGACUCUGAUCUUAUGCAACAGGAAACUACAGUCCUCGAAUCGAUUAAGAACGCCCUAAGUGGGGCAAAACUCGACGCGGUUAUAUGUGUCGCCGGGGGCUGGGCAGGGGGCAAUGCCUCCAAAGAUCUGAUUAAAAAUUCCGAUCUAAUGUGGCGUCAGAGUGUGUGGAGUUCCCUGAUUUCGGCCUCGAUAGCCGCCCAGCACCUCAAAGAUGGGGGCGUUGUGACUCUCACCGGGGCCAAAGCGGCCCUUGAGGGCACCCCAGGAAUGAUCGGGUACGGAAUGGCCAAAAGUGCCGUUCACCACUUGACCAAGUCACUCGCAGGGCCCAAAAGUGGCCUCCCGGAGAACUCCCUGGUUGUGGCCAUUUUGCCCAUCACUCUCGACACCCCCAUGAACAGGAAAUGGAUGCCUAAGGCCGACUUCACGACUUGGACCCCUCUUGAGUUUAUAGCCGAGCUUUUCCUUGAAUGGAUUACCGGGAAAAACCGACCCGAGAGUGGAAGUUUGCUACAACUCGUGACGAAAAAUUCCAACACUGACGUCGUCCCUGUCCACAAGUAUUGAACACUGAGCGGAAAAUUGGACCAAAGCUAAUGCAUUUUUGUUGUUUUUGUGAAUAUAGUUUAUUGUUCUGAAUAAAGCAGUCAACUUAA